AUGGAGGGCCUUGCUCUGCUCCUGCUGUACCUGGCCGUCCCGGGCCUGCUUGUGUCUGCCAUCCAACAGAUCCUGUCAUGGAGGAAGAGCAGUUCCGGGUCGGGCAAGAAGUUCCCCGGCCCCAAGCUGUUCCCCGUCGUGGGCCGCGUUCAUGACCUGCCUAGGUUUUCCAUGUGGUUGAAGUUCACCGAAUGGGCGCAGAUCCAUGGCCCCAUCUACCAAACCCGCAUGCUGGACCAGGACUUUAUCAUCGUCACCGAUGAGGAGAUUGCCCGCGAGCUUCUUGUCAAGCGGGGACACAUCUACUCGGGUCGGCCGCAGAUCCGGUCCCUGAUCAAGCACAAGGAGGGCCCCGCGUACUCGGCGUUGAUGGAUCGUCAUGACAUCUGGCAGGCCCAACGAAAAUGGACCCACGCGGCCAUGAUGGAAGCCUACAAGCACCACUUCUACGGCCACGUUGAGCGGGAGAUGAAACGCUACCUCGGCCUCCUCCUGUUGGACCCGGCCCGCUUCCUCGACUAUACCCGCGAGUACUGCGGGCGUGUCAUGUCCCGCCUGGCCUGGGACGACGCCACGCAGGGCAAAGCCAACGGCGACAGCGCCGACACCACACUGCACUGCAUGUCCGUGUCCGGCCCCAUCACCAACACCAUGACUCCCCUCUGGCAUUUACCCUCUUUCAUCAACCCGUGGUACAACUUUGAGAUCAAGCGUGAGCGGGAACAGCGCGCGUGGUGGCUCAAUAACUUUCGGCUGGCGAAAGACAGGAUGAAGAGGGGCGAGUUGCCCAACGAUACCUGGGCGUACCGCUACUUUGAGCAGUUGAAGCGGGAGGGGAAUGAGAGUCUUGACCAGAAGGAGGAGCAGGAGGUGUUUGCGAGCUGCAUGAUUGGUUUCCUGAAUCUGGUCGGAGUGGUGACGAUUAGUGGCCCGCUGAAAUUUUACCUGAUGGCUAUGGCGCUGCACCCGGAGUGGCAGAAGAAGGCCCAGGAAGAGAUUGAUCGGGUUUGUGGUGACCGCAUGCCGACUAUGCAGGACUAUGCGGAUUUGCCGACGGUUAGGGCGUGUCUUAAGGAGACGGUGCGCUGGCGGUCGGGUGUGCCGUUGGGCGUCCCGCACCAAGCCGAACGCGACGACGAGUACCGCGGCGUCAAGAUCAAGAAGGGCACCAUCAUCCUCGCCUGCGAAUGGGCCCUAAACCGCGUCCCAAAGCAGUACCCCGACGGCGACAACUUCCGCCCCGAGCGCUGGCUCGAGCCCGGGUGGCCGACCUACCAAGAGCCCCUUACCCGGUACCCCAACUUCCGCGAGGGCAACGCCAUGCACACGUUUGGCUGGGGGCGGCGGACCUGCCUGGGCCAGAACAUUGUUGACGACGAGACCUUUGUGUUUGGCGCCGCCACGCUGUGGGCGUUCAACCUCGCCCAAAAGCGCUGCCCACGUACGGGCGAGCUGGUUCCUAUUGAUACGCAAGCGACCAACUCGCAUGUCAUUCUUGAGCCGCUGCCGUAUCAUCUCGAUAUUAAGCCGCGCAGUGAUGAAAGGGCGGCGCAGAUUCUUGAGGGGUAUCGUGGUGUGUUGGGGGAGUUGAAGCUUUGA